AUGGUCGGUCAAUCUAGAAGGCGAGGAAGCGCUCUGCCUGUCAGCGUCGAUCGAAGAUGGGACUGGCUUCUGGGUCAGGUGGCGCAUUCUUUCCCCAAGGUGACGGCGCAGAACAUCCGGUCCUUUGGCAACAGCGAAGGGGCGUUGGCAAGAGUCAACGCGUUUCUGGAGGGGGGACAGGGAGAUCCUUCGGCUCUAUACUUUUUCUCGGACAAGGGAAACAGUGGUCUGAGGGUGGAGUUGAAGCCACCGGAGAAUACCAAGGGCACUUGCGUAUACGCUGCCAAGCUGGAACCAAGGGCUGUCUCUGGCGAUGCUUUUGAUCAAGAGAUUGUGGUGGGCGAUCUACCGGCCGUCGGAGCGCUGCCGCACUUAUGCCGGGUGACGCAGUCCGUUUACGCAGCGCUGCUGAGAGCCCACGUGGAGGAUCAGGGUUGGAGCGAUGUCGUCUCCGGUCAGGUGAUGGACGCCUUCGGUACUCUAGUGUCCAACGUCCAGGUGGCUCUUGGACAAGUUCGAGGGGUCACGUGUCUGCCACUUCCACCAGACCCUGGUUCGUACGCCAACAGCAGCAGCAAUGAGAGACAACAGCAGCAGGAAAACGCCCCGCCGGUGGGACAGAAGGCCCCUUCAUACAACCCUCAGGCGAGGUCGACCGACAACAGCAGCAGCAAGCCUCAAACGUCGACGGGUUCGGUUGGUCAAACCGGUGGCGGUCGGGAGAAUGGGAACGGGUCUGCUUCUACCGGACGAUCGCAGAAGGAGGGCGGGGGAGAUGCGGGUGGACAGGGAGUAGGAGUAGGGGUGGGGGACGAUACCGAUCACAAGGAGCUGAUGCAUGUACUAGAGUCGACCCUCAUUACAUGGACCAAGCAGAUCAAGAGCGUCCUGAAACAGAAGGCCGCGGACCUCAACGGCAUAUUUGCCCAGCUGCAGUCGGUCCGGGUCAGAAAGAUCCUCCGGUACUUGGACCGCAACAAGAGCACCUACUCUACCCCCUUCGCCAAGCUCUGCAAGGAGGCUUUCUUGGCUAGAUCGGAAGCGAACGAUACCAACAGGUACUUGCGGCCACUGCGACCGUGGCUGCAGCGGCUGGAAGCGGAGAUCGUUCCGGAGAACCUGCCGGGACUGUACAGGCCGGCGCUUCACAUGUUGCUGCUCGUGUGGAAGAGCUCCGGGUACUACAAUACCAGCACCCGGCUCGUUGUGUUCGUGCGGGAGAUGUGCAACACGCUCGUUGCGCGGGCCACCGACAUGCUAGCCGGAGGGGAGAUCUUUCGACUGAUAGAGCAGGACCAACAGAGGGAGGCGAUAAAACUCCUCGAGACGUCGCUUAAGGUCCUGGGCAAUUUUAAGACGACAUACUUUGACUACAAAGCCAAAGCCGCCGUGCAGUGUCCAUCAAACCCCUGGAGGGUGCAGAACAACGCCGUCUUCGCGAGGAUGGACGCGUUUCUCGAGCGCUGUCACGACGUCUUGGACCUGACGGUAACCAUCGCCCAGUUCCAAAAGCUGGCCAACCUCGAGGUCGGGGGGACCAAGGGGAAGGUGCUCACCACUUCGGUUUCUCAGAUUUACCUGGACUUUGGCCUGGCCGUUGACGCGGUGAAGAACGUGGAUUAUGACAUCAUCGACCUUGACGCAGCUGGUGCCUUUGAGAACAGCUACCAGACGUUCAGGCUGUCCGUGAAGAGUCUGGAGAGAAGGUUGGCAUCUGUUCUGACGCAAGCGUUCGACGACUGCCCUACGCUGAGGGGGCGCUUCCGGCUGCUGGACUGCUUCUCGGACCUCGUGCACAGACCCGCCAUCGCCGAGGAGCUGCAGCGGAAACACGCGAUUAUGGUGCAGGAGUUCGCCACCGAGGUUGGCUUAGUCAAGCAGUUGUUCAUCAAGCAGAACGAAGACCCUCCGAUUGCUAACAAUCUCCCCCCCGUCGCCGGAGCGUUAACGUGGUCGAGAGGCCUGUUGGAGAGGGUCUCGCUGCCGAUGUCGAAGAUCAAAGAGUUCGACAACAAGGUGCUUGCCACGGAGGAGGCUCGAGAGCUGGUCAAGGCUUACACCCUCCUGGUUGGGCAGCUGGCAGACUUUGAAAACCAAAACAUCGAGGCCUGGGGCGCGAGCAUCCAGGUUUCGAUCGAGACCAAGCUAAAAAAUCCUCUCCUGGUGCGAGAGGCGGACAGGCUGCUUAGGGUUAACUUCGACCCUCUCAUCGUGCGCCUCCUCAGGGAGGUGAAAUACUUCCUGCUGCUGGGACUGCGAGUGCCCGAGUCUGCCCUCGAGGUGUUCGGCAGAGGCGAGCUCUUCCGCAGGCACAUGGGGAACCUUGAUCUCAUAGUGCACAUGCACAACAACGUCGAGGUUACCUUGCUGCCGGUCGAGAGGCCCUUGCUGCAGCAACAACUGGAACAAAUAGACCAGCUCCUCGCGCAAGGGAUUGGGGGGGAAGCGCACAAGAUUGCGAUACAAUCGUCCAAGCCUAGCGCGGGCGCUAAGGCCGGUGGCGGUGGCGGUGGUGGCGGUGGCAAAGGGCCCAAAAAAAAGAACGGUAAAAAUACCCCCAGUGCAAAAAAAGGCGCAGGGAAAAAUGCAACUGGAGCAGCCACGGGAGGCGCCGGCGGAAAGGCGAUUGGAGGAGCGGGGGGUACCGGAAUGGCUUCAGGAGCGCCGGCGCAGACCCUGAAUUGGCGGAGCACGGGGAUCGACACCUUCAUCGGGGAGGCCAUGACUGAGGUGAAAGAGCUGAGUGAAACGUUGUCGGGCAUGAAGGGUAACCUAAAGAGACUGGAGGUGAUGACGCGGGCGUGGGCCGCCCAGCCACUGUUCGAAAGGGGUGCCAAGACAUCCACGGCGGAAAAUUUCCAGCAGAUGCAGAGCGUCAUCGUCACGCAGAGAUGCGCGGCGAUCCGAGAGGGGGGACUGGAGCUGCACAAACUGCUGAAAGAUACCAACCGGAAGCUCAAGGUGUCGGCAGGCUUUCCUGACUGGAAAAAUUACGUCGAUUUCGUUAAUUCACUGGUUGUACAAGGCCUGAUCAAGGUGGUAGCCGGGUCUCUCGGCACACUCAACCAGCAGAUGAGCCAUUCGUACAUCGUCAAACAACAGCUUCCCCCGAUGCUGGAGUUGGAGAUGCACCUCGCCGGAGGCAAGGUCGCCUACGUUCCCGACAUUGGGACGGUGGAAUCCAGGGUCAACCCCGAGAAAGUCGUCACGAACGCGGCACAGGGUCAAAAGGGGCAAUCGGCCGGUAGAGCCGGGGGUGGCGGAGGAGGAGGCGGUGGGAAAGGGGCAGCGUCUUGGGUGGCGCGAGCAACCCUGCGGAGGAUGACGUGGGGCUGGGUGGAAGGGUUUCUCAACGUAGCCAAGGCCUUCCGUCGCAUCGACGGCACGGACGGGACUUACCUGAAAGACAUUCAGGACGAUCCUGAAGUGCGGUCUCAGUUGUCCCAGAUCCACGAAAGGCUUGACGUGAUGGAGAGUUCCAUGCUAGCCUACAAGCGCCAGUUCUCUGCCUACGAAUACCUGUGGACGACAGACCUACAAGCCAUGUUCAAGGAGUUUCUCGAGGAGGCCAGCUACGACGAGGUCAUCGAAGAUGAGGACGACGACGCCGGGGGAGGGGCUGGAGGAGGAGGAGCACGGCAGGGUGUCUCAGAGCAAGCGGGGGGUGACGACGGCACGGACGACACACGGGUGCUCCGCAUGCUCAACCUCGCGAAAUUCGACGAAAAGAUACACCUCUACCUUGGAGUUCAGUCGGAGGUGGCGUCUCUGAAGCAUAACCAGGACGUGGGCUUCGUCCGCGUCAACGCGCAGCCCAUGAAGCAGGCCAUAAGCACUUGGGUGACGAAAUGGAUCUACCUCUUCGCGCAGAGUCUGCAGGACCACGUGUCUUCAUCUUUGGAGAGGAUGUACUCCUUCAUCGCAUACACGCAGAAAGGGCUGGAGACACCCCUGUCGGCCGAAGACAAAGACGGCAUCAUGUCCACGAUGACCCAUAUUCGCGACGUCCGCAAGAAGGCCCCCAUGGUGACCGGUCUCUUCGGCCCUCUCAAGGAUACCGUGCUGCUGCUCAAGAGCAGAGGGAUACCCGUGGAUCUUCCCCCCGUCAACAAGCAGCCCGCGCUUGAGUUCCUAGAUUCGGCAUACAUGCUCUGGGACAACACCGUGAACAAGGCCUACCGCGUCAAGGGCGAGAUACAGCCACUGCAGAAUGCGGCCGCUGAUGGAGUGCGGAAGGAUAUCGCUAACUUCGGCGAAGAGGUCAAAGCCUUCGUUGCUCUGUUUAAGCGAACGGCGCCGUUCGCGACGGCGCAAAAGCGAACGUCAGUCGACGACGGAGGCGGCGACAGCACCGCAGCUCAUCCUUUCCAGGCAGCAGUUGCAAGCUACAAGAAGUUGGACAAUAUCCAACAGUCCCUGCGUGCCCUCGAAGCGAAGGCCUUGUCCAUGAGGGAGCUAGAGGAGCUGUUCGAGUUGUCGCCGACAAGACAUACAGGUCUCGUUGAGGUGCGGACGCAACUCCGACUGCUGAAGAUGGUGUGGGACGUGGUCGGUCUUGUGGACGGGCUGUUUGCUUCCUGGACGGCCACGCUCUGGGCCGACAUCAAGACCGACGAGCUCUUGGAAGAGGCCAGGUCUCUCCAGCUUCACAUCCGGGGGCUGCCAAGGCGCAUCCGUGACUGGGGCCUGUACAAAGCCGUGGACGAACGGGUGGUCAACAUGUCUACGGUUCUGCCCCUUAUUCACGAACUGCACUCCCCCGCCAUGCGUGAUCGUCACUGGAAGGACCUCCUAGACGUCACGGACCAGCAUCGUCCGCCGGCUCAACGGAGGCUGAGCAGGGAUGCCCUUUCCCUCGACUUGCACAAGUACGUGGACGCGUGCAUGGAAGCGGUUGAGGUGGCCACCAAGGAGCUCAAGGUCGAGACACGCCUGCGCAACAUCGAAACCCGUUGGAAAGAGGAGCAGCUUAGCUUUGUGCGGCACCGGGAUACGGAGGUGUUCGUGCUGUUCGGGGCGGACGAGGUUCUCGAAGCGCUGGAGGACCACCAGAUGCAGCUCCAGGGGAUGGCCGGCAUGGGAAAGUUCGUGGACUUCUUCCGAGAGGAGGUGACGGAGUGGCAGGCCACCUUGGGAGAGGUAGAGACGUUUUUGAAGCUGAUGCUGACGGUGCAGAGGCAGUGGACAUCGCUUGAGGCCAUUUUCCUCACCAGCAAGGACAUUAGGUCUCAGCUUCCAGACGACACGCGAAGGUUCGAAGGCAUUGAUCUGGAGUUCAAGGACCUGAUGAAGAGCGGGUCCUAUUGUCCCACCGUCGUCACAUUCUGCUCCGAGGACGGAAGGGGAGAAGGUCUCGCAAACAUGCACCGCGAGCUGGAGAAGUGUGAGAGAGCCCUCACGGAGUACCUCGACAUGAAGAAAAACGUCUUCCCCAGGUUUUACUUCGUGUCUAACGCGGCUCUGCUCGACAUCCUGUCCAACGGCAACGACCCUCCCAAGAUUCAGCCCCACCUUGGCUCUGUCUUUGACGGGAUUGGAUCUCUUGAAUUUUCGGCACCAGACGAGAGUGUUGAUUUGUCUGCUGCUGCGAAAGGUGGAGAAGGAGGAGAUGGGGACGACCCGUCCCUCGCGGAGUCACGGAAAAGCGCCGGGGUACCAGAAACCGCGGUGGCAAUGCUGGCAAAAGACGGGGAGAGAGUUCCGUUCCACGCGUUGUUCCACAUGACGGGUGCCGUCGAGAUGUGGCUCACCAGCCUGGUAUCCUGGAUGCAGAAGACUCUUAUGCUUAGCCUCGAUGAGGCAGUUAGGGAAGCCGCUCUCUGGGAGGUCGAUAAGCCUAGGGAAGAAUGGCUGUUCGGGUACCCCGCGGAGCUAGCGCUCCUUGCCGGCCAGAUACUUUGGACUGAAGAGUGUGAGAGAGCUCUGGAGGAGUACGAAAACGGAGCAGAGGACGCCGUAAAGAAGUACCUCGAGGUUUGCUGUGUCAGGCUGGAUGGUCUCAUCAAGCUCGUGCAGGGAGAGUUGACAAAAGAAGCUCGCGCGAAGAUCAUCACCCUCAUCACAAUCGAUGUUCACAGUAGAGAUGUGGUCCAGGGUUUGAUCGACCGCAGAGUGGAAAGCAACCUCGACUUCGCCUGGCAGUCCCAGCUAAGGUACUACUGGGCCCCUCAAGAUGGGGCCAAGAAGAUCGCAGUGCCAAUGUCGUCUGGAACGGGGGCGGGGGCCGCAGGAGGUGGAGCGGUCGCGGCAUCGGCCAUCGACACGGGCGAGGGUUGCGUCCGAAUCAAGAUUUGCGACUUCCGAUCGGUGUACUCGUUCGAGUUCGCGGGCAACUGCGGCCGGCUCGUGAUAACGCCGCUCACUGACCGGUGCUACGUCACCCUGACGACCGCCUUGAGGCUAAUGCUUGGCGGGGCUCCGGCGGGCCCCGCGGGCACCGGCAAGACGGAGACUACGAAAGAUCUCGCCAGAGGCCUCGGGUUGCCGUGCUACGUGUUCAACUGCUCGGACCAGAUGAACUACCGCACGAUGGCCGAUAUUUUCAAAGGUGUUGGGGCGUGGGGGUGUUUCGACGAGUUCAACCGCAUCUCCAUCGAGGUUUUGUCGGUAGUGGCAAGCCAGGUCAAGUGCAUUCAGGAUGCGGUUGCGCGAUUCUCUAAUCCCGACUUGAGAGAGCCACAGUACCAGCACUUGCCAGCGGGAAUCCCCAACGUCAAGGUCGGGGUUUUCGACUUUCUUGGGGAGGUUGUAUCAAUGGUGCCCACUUGUGGCUUCUUCAUCACCAUGAACCCGGGGUAUGCCGGGCGGACGGAGCUCCCCGAGAACCUGAAGGCCUUGUUUCGGUCUUGCGCGAUGAUAAGGCCCGACCUUCGGCCGAUCUGCGAGAACAUGCUCAUGGCCGAAGGGUUCGUGAAAGCUCGGGCCCUCGCGGUGAAGUUCGUGACGCUCUACUCGCUUUCCUCGGAGCUGCUGUCCAAGCAGUUCCAUUACGAUUGGGGCCUUCGAGCAGUCAAGUCAGUCCUCCUGGUGGCGGGAAAGCUCAAGCGUUCCGAUCCCGAUAUAGACGAAGAGGCUGUGCUGAUGAGAGCGCUGCGAGAUUUCAACACCCCCAAGAUCGUUAGCGCGGAUACGCCCAUCUUCCUAAGGCUGAUUGCAGAUCUCUUUCCGUCGAUGGACCUGGCUCCCAAGGUGAACGAGGUGCUAUCCAAAACCUGCGCGAGGGUCUGUGUGGAGGAACUGUCCUUGCAGCCGGACCAUGACUUCGUCGUCAAGGUGGUUCAGUUCCAAGAGCUGCUUGACGUGCGGCACAGUGUAAUGGUUCUGGGACCCGCUGGGUGUGGGAAGACAACGGUAUGGAAAACCCUGAUGGCGUGCCACAACCGGGGAGAGGCGAAACCGUCCACGGUUGCCGAAACCGUCAACCCCAAGGCGGUCACUUCGGACGAGCUCUACGGUUACAUGACCCUGGCGAAGGAGUGGAAAGACGGAGUGCUAGCCAUUAUCAUGAGAAACAUGAGCAAGGAGUGGGCACCAUUCGGCCUGCACCAGAACCACAAGUGGGUGAUCCUCGAUGGAGACAUCGAUGCCGUCUGGAUCGAGAGCAUGAACACUGUCAUGGAUGACAACAAGGUGCUCACGCUGGUGUCGAACGAGCGAAUCCCAUUGACGGCGGCCAUGCGAAUGAUCUUCGAGAUUCAUUCUCUGAAAAAUGCUACCCCCGCAACGGUUAGCCGCGCUGGUAUCCUGUUCGUCAACGAGACCGAUAUCGGCUGGCACCCGUACGUGGAGAGUUGGGUACAGGCGCGCCCCGUCGAGAGUGAAAAGGUCGUCCUCGAAGGCCUGUUCAACAGGCACGUUCCCGACAUCUUGGAGAUGCUCAAGAAGGCCAAGAUGGAGCCUCUCGUGCCAAUUCCCACCAUUAACAUGGUGCAGGCGGUGUGCCGGCUUCUUGAAGGACUACUCCCUGCCCUGACAGACAAAACCUCCGAGAAUAUGGAGCGAGUGUUCUUGUUCGCGGCCAUGUGGGCCUUCGGCGGUGCGCUAUCUUCCGAUUCAAAAUGCGACGACCGGAAAGUGUUCAGUCAGGAGUGGCGGAAGCUCUUGCCGUCGAAGUCCGUCAAGCUACCCGAUCAGGGACUGGUAUUCGACUACUUCGUCAACCCUGAGAACGGAGAAGUUGGGCGUUGGUCGGACAAGGUGCCGUCCUUCACCCCAUCGAUAGGCCAAUCGUUCGCGUCGAUGGUGGUGCCAACCACGGACCUCGUUCGGCUAAGCUUCCUGACGGAACUCUUGGUCGGGAUGAAACGGCACGUAAUGCUGGUUGGUUCCGCGGGGACGGGCAAGACCUCCCUGGUGCAAGGCUUCCUCAGAGAAAAGGCUAGCGACACUCUUCUCUCGUGCACGAUCAACACCAGCUACUACACCGACGCCGCCGCCUUGCAACGUCAGCUGGAGCAGCCCUUAGACAAGAGGAGCGGCAAGACCUACGGGCCUCCCAGCUCAAAGAGGCUCAUCUACUUCGUGGACGACCUGAACAUGCCCUUCAUUGAGGAAUACGGCACGCAGACACCGAUCGCACUCCUGAGACAGUUCAUGGACUAUCGGGGAUGGUACGACCGCGCGGACUUGGGUCUAAGGAAGAACAUAGUGGACGUCCAAUUCCUGGGCGCGAUGAACCACAAAAGCGGCUCCUUCUCCAUAAACCCUCGCCUGCAGAGGCACUUCGUUACGUUCGCCUGCCAGACUCCGGCCGACGACGACCUUAUCACGAUAUAUGGCGCAGUGGUCGGGGGACACCUCAACUCGUUCCCCUCAGACAUUCGGCGCUUCGGAGGGCCGGUCCUCGACGCGACGAUAUCUCUGUAUCGCUCGGUUUGCGCAAAGUUCCUUCCGACAGCUGUCAAGUUCUACUACGGUUUCAACCUUCGCGACCUCUCCUGCCUCGUACAAGGACUGUGCAUGGCGAGACCUGAGAACUGCACGUCAAAGAGCUGGUUUGCCCGGUUAUGGCGCCACGAAUGCGAAAGAGUCUACUCUGACAGGCUGAUGUCCGACAGCGAGGUAAAGGCGUUCGAAGACAUGAUGCAAGAAGCGGCCAAGAAGCACCUAGGCCUUGAUCACGCCCAAAGUGAAGUGUUCCAGGAAACUAAUGUCUUCACGUCCUUCGCGGUCCAACCUGAGGACCUCGACCUUGACUCAGCCUCGUAUGUCCCGGUGCCGUCCAUGGAUUAUCUCAAGCAAGACCUGCAGGACAAAAUCAAGGAGUACAACGAGACUCACGCCAUGAUGAACCUAGUUCUGUUCGACCAGGCCAUGCACCACAUCACGAGGAUCAGCCGAAUAUUGCAAUUCCCGCGAGGAAAUGCGCUGCUGCUAGGGGUGGGUGGGUCUGGAAAACAGACCCUCUGCAAGCUGGCUGCGUUCAUCUCCGGUUGUGAGGUGUCUGAGAUAGCCGUGACGAGCAACUACGGGGUGGCUGACCUUCGAGCGGAGCUUAAGGACCUGUACCGAAAAGCUGGGGUCAAGCCCGCCCUACCGCUUGUUUUCAUGCUCACGGACUCGCAGAUCGUGGACGAGCGUUUCUUGGUGUACGUGAACGACAUUCUCACUUCUGGAGUGAUCCCCGACCUGUUCACCAAGGAAGAGUUCGACGCGAUCUUUACCGCCAUACGAAUCGCCGCGAAGUCGGCGGGAGUUCCCGACGUUCGCGACAGCCUCAUGCAGUUCUUCGUCGAACGGGUGCGGGCGAACUUGCACGUUGUCCUGUGCUUCUCCCCCGUGGGAGACGCAUUCCGGUCACGGUGUAGGAGAUUUCCGGGACUAAUCAACUGCACGCAGAUCGAUCUCUUCCGCCCGUGGCCCAGGGAUGCGCUGGUGAAGGUGUCCCUCUGGUUCCUGGAGGACAUGGCCCUUGGAGACAACGAGAUUAAGGAGAACAUCGCACACCACAUGGCGGAAGUCCACAACUCCGUCGGCGAGGUCUCGCAACGAUUUCUUCAAGAAGAGGGACGGUAUAACUACACCACACCAAAGAGCUUUCUCGAGCUCAUCGACUUCUACAAGGAACUGCUGAGGAAGAAGCAAGGGGAGCUGGACGGUAACAUCAACCGCCUCGCUAAUGGCCUUCAAACCCUGAGAAAAACGAAUGACGAUGUACAGACCUUGCGGGAUGAUCUGAAGCUGAAGAUGAAGGAGGUAGAUGCGAAGAAGCGCGGGACGGAUGUUCUCUUGGAAGAAAUGGGCACGCAGCGCUCCGAGGCCGAAGCCCAGCAGUCCAUCGCGGAUGUGGAGAAGUCCAAAGCCGAUCUCGCUGCAAGCAACGCAAGAACCAUUGAGCUGGAGGCCGAGAUGGAGCUGGCGGUGGCGAAGCCGGCCCUGAUGGCUGCCCACGAGGCGGUGAACUGUUUGGACAAGGCGAGCUUGACAGAGCUCAAGAGCUUCAGCAAGCCUCCACCCGGUGUGGAUCUAGUGACGACGGCCUUGCUGAUCAUGGUCAAGCUCGAAAAGAAGAACUUCAGCUGGGAAAAUGCCAAGAAGAUGAUGGCAAAGGUCGACGCUUUCAAGGAGCAGCUCGAGGAGUAUAGAGGGGAGGAUGUACCCGAGGAGGUCGUGAAGCGAGUGCAGCCCCUUCUCUUGGAGCCGGACUUUACGUACGCGGUUAUGAAGACAAAGUCUGCCGCGGCAGCUAACCUUUGCAACUGGGUCAUCAACAUCAUCAACUUCAACCAGAUCUACAAGAAGGUCAAGCCUCUCAUGGACGCUUUGGAAGCGGCCCAGGAGGCGAAAGCCGCCGCGAUUGCUGAUCUAUCAAAGGUGGAGGACGCCUUGGCUGUUAUCAACGCGCACUUGGGAAAGCUGGAGAAGUCUUUCGUAGAGGCUACCGAGGAAAAAUCGAGAGUAGAGGGACAAGCUAGAGCCUGCCAGGAGCGGCUGGGCCUGGCUGAGAGGCUAACAAAGGGGCUGGCCAGCGAGAACAAACGCUGGGGAGAAGAAGUCGAGCGACUGCGAACGAGAGGAGCGAGCAUCGUGGGAGACGUGCUACUCGCGGCGGCCUUCGUUAGCUAUGCGGGAGCAUUCAGCAAGGACUACCGCCAAGAGCUGUGGAGAAAUAGGUGGCUACCCGACCUAACAGCAAAGAUGAUACCACUUCGCGAGGGGUUAGAACCCCUGCAGAUGCUGACGAGUGACAGCCAAGUGGCGGAAUGGCAGAACGAGCGACUGCCGUCGGACCAAAUCAGCGUGGAGAACGGAGGAAUAUUGACUCAGUGCCAGCGAUGGCCGCUCAUGAUCGACCCGCAGCUUCAGGGCAUCCGGUGGCUGCGUCGUCACGAGGAAGUCGCCACAGAGGCGAGCGGCCGAUCACUUGUUGUCCUCCAGAUGGGCGAGGCGAAUUGGAUGAAGAAAAUCGUGGCGGCCAUCCAGGAGGGCGACACAAUCAUCGUGGAGAAUUGCCCUCAAGACAUCGACGCGGCGCUCAACCCGGUGCUGCAGAGGGCGGUGAUUCGGAAGGGGAGCAACCUGUUCCUGCGCAUGGGCGGGGAGGAUUGCGAGUACGACCCGGCAUUUAGGCUUUAUCUACAGAGUCGACUUUCGAACCCUCACUACCGCCCGGAGGUGUUCGCAACCUGCACGCUCAUCAACUUCAUCGUGACCGAAAGGGGACUAGAGGAUCAGCUUUUGGCGUCGGUCGUUGGAGCAGAACAACCGGAACUUGAAAAGACCAAGAACGACCUCGUGCAGGCGUCCAACCGCUACAAAAUGCAGCUCCAAGGCCUUGAAGACCAGCUGCUUCAGCGACUAGCGGAUGCUCCUGCUGAUAUUCUUGCCGACGUUGCUCUCAUCGAGGGACUGGAGGAGAUGAAGGAGACCGCUCGAGAGAUCAAUGAGGCGGUUGUGCUAGGAAAGGAGACCGAGGCUCGAGAGGUGUACCGACCGGUGGCCGCGGAGGCUUCCCUGAUGUACUUCAUGCUCCUCAAACUCAGCACCGUCAACUCCAUGUACCAGUACAGCCUCGACUCGCUAACACGGUUUUUCUUCAAGUCCAUCAGUUCGAGCAAGCCGGCGGUUGACGACCAACCGCAACGCGUGGAAAACCUUAGGAGAAGCCUCCGAUUCACCGUGUACACGUGGGUAACGAGGGGCCUGUUCGAGAAGCACCGGCUAAUCUUCUUGACACAACUCACCUUCGGGCUGUUGAAGUUUGGAGCAUUCGGGGGAGACACCGCGUAUUCCUCGGAGGCCCUGAAUUUCCUGCUCAAGGGAGGACGUUCCGCCGCUGCCGGUGGGGCGGGGGAUGAUCCACCCCCGGCCGACUGGCUCUCCGAAACAGCGUGGAGGAUGGUGCUGGAGCUGAGCUCGCUCGAUGGGUUUGCUAAGCUCGCCAAUGACGUGGCUGAAUCGGCGCCGCGGUUUCGCGAGUGGUUUGAUGCUGCUGCCCCCGAGGUGGAAAAGCUUCCUCUGGAUUGGCGAGAGCUCGACAAGCGACCGUUCCUCAAGUUACUGGUCGUCAAGUGCCUGCGACCAGACCGGAUGACCCAGGCGAUAGCAACCUUUGUGAGAACAAACUUGCCCGACGGCCCGGCGUUCGCUGACAUCGAUGCCAAGCUGAACAGCUUCCAGGUGUUGUCGGAGGCCUUCAAGGACUCUGAUCCAGCCACCCCAAUAUACUUCAUCUUGUCAGCCGGAGCAAAUGUCACAGCCGACGUGGACAAGCUUGCAGACAUGCACGGCAUGGAAAGGGGGACUAACUACCACGAUAUUUCGUUAGGCCAGGGACAAGAUGAGGUGGCGAUGGACAGGCUAGACGUUGGUAGCGCUCAGGGACAUUGGGUAGUGCUGAACAACGUCCAUUUGAUGCCGAAGUGGCUACCGGCGCUGAGCAAGAGACUGGACUACUUCAAGGAGAUAGGAUCAAACCCCAAGUUCCGCGUGAUGCUUUCCUCGGACCCGUCGGAAACAAUCCCUGUCGGCAUUCUCGAAAGGUGCAUCAAACUGACAAAUGACCCGCCCUCGGGUCUGCGAGCAAACCUCAAGCAGGCAUUCGCAUCUAUCUCCAGGGAGGACUACAGUGACCUAGAACCAAGGACGCAAGGAAUUUUGUUCGGACUGUGCCACUUCCACGCCCUAAUGCUGGAGAGAAAAAAGUUCGGUCCCAAGGGUUUCAAUAUGAUGUACCCCUUCAGCUCAUCCGACUUGACGUGCAGCGUUGCGGUCCUGAAAAACUACAUGGAGAACGCUCCAAGCAAGGUUCCGUGGGCAGACCUCCGGUAUCUGUUUGGCGAGAUCAUGUACGGCGGCCAUAUCGUCAAUGACUUCGACAGGUUGAUGUGCAGCACGUACUUGACGUUUUUCAUGAAAGAUGACCUCCUCGACGAGAUGCCGCUAUUCCCCUACCCGGAUUCGCCGCCCCAAGGGGGAAAUGGUGACCCGUCUGCCGAGAUUUUCAUGGCUCCCUCGGUUUCCUACUCCUACGACCAGAUCCUGGACCACAUUGACGCCACCCUGCACGGGAACUCCCCGGUGGCCUUCGGACUGCAUCCCAAUGCUGAGAUCGGCUUCCGCACGGAAACCUCCCACCAACUGCUUGCGGCGAUCUUGGAUCUUUCGGCCCGGGACCGAACGAUGGGUCAAGGAGCCGUCAACGGCGGAGUAAACUUUGCUGAGCAGACCAGCCAGGAUAUUCUGGAGGUGGUUCGAGACGCUAAAUUCGAUCUGGAAGCCAUCGCUGUGGCUUGCGACAACGAUCUCGGGCCCUACGAGAACAUCCUCUUGCAGGAGUGUGAACGCAUGAACCAUUUAGUGGGAGAGAUAAUUCGGACGUUGUCCGACUUGUGCCUCGCCUUCAAGGGGGACCUCACUAUGACGGAGCAACUCGAGGAGUUGCAGUCGGCAGUUUCCAUGGACAAGGUUCCCAGUGCAUGGGAGAAGCUGGCGUAUCCAUCCAUGAGAUCCCUGUCUCUUUGGCUGUCCGAUCUUCAGGCGAGACUCGUACAGCUGAGUGACUGGGUCGGAAGCCCUCAAGAGCCCCCUGCGGUCACCUGGCUCAGCGGGCUGUUUAACCCGCAAUCGUUCCUCACGGCUAUCAUGCAGGUCACUGCUAAGGCUGGCGGUCUGGAGCUAGACAAGUUGUCCGUGUCCACGGAGAUUACCAAAAAGAUGGAUGUCUCAGACAUUUCUGUUCCCAGCCGGGAUGGGGCCUACGUGAACGGCCUAAGCUUGGAUGGCGCACGAUGGAACUUGCAGGCGCAGCAUCUGGAGAGCUCGAAGCCCAGGGAAAUGUACUGCCCUAUGCCGGUCAUCACGUGUGUCGCGGUUGUUAGCCAAAGGGCGGACAACAGUGUAUUCAUGUGUCCCGUUUACAAGACGCAGCAGCGAGGUCCGACUUAUGUAUUUGAUGCGUUCCUUAGGACGAAGACGCCUGUAGCGAAGUGGGUCCUCGCUGGGGUUGUCCUUGUCAUGGAUACUCUAUGA